AUGCCUCCCUCGCCCUGUGUCUUGUGCAAGGUCAACCGCGCCCUCAUCCUCCGCCCCAAGGACCAUUCGCGGCUAUGCAAGGCGUGCUUCAUCACCGUCUUUGAGACCGAAAUCCACCACACCAUCACGACCAAUGCCCUGUUCCACCGCGGCGAAAAAGUCGCCAUUGGCGCUUCGGGCGGAAAAGACAGCACUGUCCUGGCCUCGGUGCUCAAGACGCUCAACGAGCGCUACGACUAUGGCCUCGACCUGAUGCUCCUGUCCAUUGACGAGGGCAUCAAGGGCUACCGCGACGACAGUCUGGAGACGGUCAAGCGGAAUGCCCAUCAGUACGACAUGCCCUUGACAAUCCUCGGCUAUGCAGAGCUGUAUGGCUGGACAAUGGACCAGGUGGUCGAGCAGGUGGGGAAGAAGGGAAACUGCACCUACUGUGGCGUCUUCAGGCGGCAAGCCCUCGACCGCGGCGCAUCAAGACUCGGUGUCAAGCACGUUGUCACGGGACACAACGCCGACGACGUGGCUGAGACGGUGCUGAUGAACUUACUGCGAGGCGAUCUUCCGCGUCUGUCGCGCACCACAUCUAUUGUCACAUCCACGCCUUCAGCGUCGUCUGACCCUGCCGCAAACACGAACAUCAAGCGCAGCAAGCCUCUCAAGUACGCAUACGAAAAGGAGAUUGUCCUUUAUGCCCACCACAAGAAUCUCGACUACUUCAGCACGGAAUGCAUCUACUCUCCCGAAGCCUUUCGAGGCAGUGCGCGCGCUUUAAUAAAAAACCUAGAGCGUGUGCGCCCAAGCGCAAUCCUAGACGUUGUGAGAAGCGGAGAAGACAUGGCCAAGUUGGUGCCAGGCAGCGACGAGGGUUGCGGAGGCGCAUGCUCGAGCAGUGUUCCUGCUGGCGAAGAAGAAGAGGGUGGGUGUGGGAGCGCUCAGGGACGCACCGGUGGCGGCGAAAUGGCAAGUGUCGAGGCGCAACUGAGGCAAAAUGAAGCCGCUGUCGAUGCUAGCCUGGAAACCGAAAUCACCACAAAAAGCCUCAACCGCAGCGGAAAGCAACAAGAUAACCAAAAUAGCAACGCUGUACCACUUGUCCACGGCAAGAAGGCGAAAAAGGGCGUCGCACCGAAAAAGACGAGCAAGCAAGUCAUGGGCCAGUGCAAGAGAUGUGGAUAUCUCUCCAGCCAAGAAAUAUGCAAGGCCUGUGUUCUGCUCGAGGGACUCAACAAAGCACGUCCAAAGAACAAGAUUGAGGUUGGGUACGAGGUGCAAGACGUCAGUCUGAACAGUGUGCGCGACGAACUCGAGGCAACAACCAUCGGGGGAGAGUGA